UCAGUUAUACACAAAAGAGGAAGCAGGCAUGUCAGCUCUUUGUCCACCACCGUCUCCUGCAGUUGCUAAAACAGAGAUCUCUUUGAAUGGCGAGUCACCUUUAUUAGCUGCCACUUUUGCUUACUGGGACAAUAUUCUUGGCCCCCGAGUGCGGCAUAUCUGGGCCCCAAAGACAGAACAGGUACUUCUCAGUGAUGGUGAAAUAACUUUUCUUGCUAACCACACCCUGAAUGGAGAAAUACUUCGGAAUGCAGAAAGCGGUGCAAUAGAUGUGAAGUUCUUUGUCCUGGCAGAAAAAAGGGUAAUCAUUGUGUCAUUAAUCUUUGAUGGAAACUGGAAUGGAGACAGAAGCACAUAUGGACUAUCAAUUAUACUUCCACAAAGUGAACUUGGCUUCUACCUGCCGCUUCACAGAGUGUGCGUGGAUAGGUUAACACAUAUUAUAAGGAAAGGAAGAAUAUGGAUGCAUAAGGAGAGGCAAGAACAUUUCCAGAAGAUUGUCUUGGAAGGCACGGAGAGAAUGGAGGAUCAGGGCCAGAGCAUCAUUCCAAUGCUGACAGGAGAAGUAAUUCCUGUAAUGGAACUCCUUUCAUCUAUGAAAUCACAUGGUGUUCCGGAAGAAAUAGAGAUAAGUGACACCGUGCUAAAUGAUGAUGACAUUGGGGAUAGUUGCCAUGAAGGCUUUCUCCUCAAUGCAAUUAGCUCACACCUGCAGACCUGCGGUUGUUCUGUAGUUGUAGGAAGCAGCGCAGAGAAAGUUAAUAAGAUUGUGAGAACAUUGUGUCUGUUUCUUACGCCGUCAGAGCGGAAGUGUUCCAGACUCUGUAGAAGUGAGUCUUCUUUCAAAUACGAGUCAGGACUUUUUGUUCAAGGCUUACUCAAAGAUGCAACAGGAAGUUUUGUGUUGCCCUUCCGCCAAGUAAUGUAUGCCCCAUAUCCUACUACACAUAUAGAUGUAGAUGUCAAUACAGUGAAGCAGAUGCCCCCUUGUCAUGAACACAUCUAUAACCAACGACGAUACAUGAGAUCCGAGCUGACAGCAUUUUGGAGGGCUAAUUCAGAUGAAGAAAUGUCUCAAGACCAUAUUAUGCACACAGAUGAGAGUUUCACACCUGAUUUAAAUGUCUUUCAAGAUAUCCUGCAUCGAGAUACAUUAGUAAAAGCCUUCCUGGAUCAGAUCUUUCAUCUGAAGCCUGGCUUGUCUUUAAGGAGGACUUUCCUUGCACAAUUUCUGCUAGUCCUUCACAGAAAAGCCUUAACUUUAAUAAAAUACAUAGAGGAUGACACGCAAAAAGGAAAAAAACCUUUUAAGUCUCUUCGUAGCUUAAAGAUAGAUCUUGACUUAACAGCAGAGGGCGAUCUUAACAUAAUAAUGGCUUUGGCUGAGAAGAUUAAACCAGGUCUACAUUCCUUUAUCUUUGGGAGGCCGUUCUACACUAGCGUGCAAGAACGUGAUAUGCUCAUGACGUUUUAAAAUUCUCCACUGCUAACGUGUAAUAUUGCAGUCUUGCAUGGCACGAAAAGAAAUUUGUCAGUGUGACCACCACACUUGUGACAAUCAUGGACUUGAUUGAGGAUGGAGCAUUAGAAGCACAGUAACACUAGUCUGUCCAAAGCAGGAGGAGGUCUUGUUAGAGGGAAUAUCAAUUUAGUUAGACAAGCAUGAUUUUAAUGAAUCUUCUGUGUGCUUUUUUUUAACAGUAAAAGUAAAUGUUACCAGAUGUUCGUUUGCCAUAUGGGCUUAGUAGGUAAAUUUGAACAUGUUUUGAUGUAUGAUAAAGGGAAUAAUUUUAAUUUUCUUUCCCCAGAGACUUUCUUCAGGUGUGUGUCAGUUUUUCCCUGUUCUGCUGUGUCAGUAUUUUUAGUGUUUCCACAGAAAACAAUACAUACAUCCUCGCUAAUCAUGGAGGUUGCAGAAUAGGAGCCUUCCAAGAGAUUCAAAGAGUUUUUAAAAGUGUUUGUUCUUAUGUAUGUGGUACAAAUCUGAAAUAUGUCUUCCCUCAUUUCCCUUUUCAACACUACUGUCUCCUUCAUUUAAAGCAUUUAAAGGUGUUUGGGAUUUUUAAUAUACUACAAAGCGCUGUUCUUUUGUGCACACUGUUGACUAUUAGCAGCUUAAAUAGCAGCAGUCUACACAUGAGAACGGGGUCAUUAUUUAAGCAGCUGUGUGCAUGGAAGUACCAACCAGGAUAACCUGUCACAGAUUGUUGGGCCGUCCUGCAGUGAAGUGUUUGGAGCACAGCUGAGCUCUUUCAAAACAAAAAUGGAAAACUGGUGUCAUUCAGCAGCAGUUGUCAGUCUUUCUGUCUGUAAACUGCUACUGGUUUUUCCAUUGCCAGUUAGAAUAAGAUUCAGAUUAAAGUACUAGACCUUCCCAAAGAACACCAAGGUGACAGCCAAAGUGAAAGAUAAAACAGUAAUUUAUUUUUUUUUACAUUGCCAUUAAUAUAUUUAUUAAUCCUUAAUUCAGAGAUGAGCGCAGCUAUGAACGCAGUUGAUUAGCAUUUUAGUGGGUGAAUUCUAGUCAAUAAUCUUGCCGUUCAUCUUAGCUCAUCUCCAGCUUUGCUUUGCUUGAAAUUAAAAACACGUUUUCUAUUUGUAUGGCUCAACCUUUCUUUCUCAGUAGCAUGUAGAGCGGUGUAGUGUCAGGUUAAUCCAGACCCAUUUUUUUGAGAUUUGGCACGUUGGUGGGUGUGUUAGAUUGAAAUCAGCGGUACAGCUGUACUGCAUGUUGCUGUAUUUCUUCUCCUUUUGGACAAACACAGGAAUAUAUUUGUGUUGGGUUCUAGCAUAACCUCAUAACUUAAUGUUCAUUGUGAAGGAGCUGCACCUGUGAGUGUGUUACCAAAAAAUCAUAACUAAGAAAACUCUCCAAACCAAAUGAUAGUUUAGAAAGCCGACAUUGGUUUAUUGCAGCGCUGGGCGUAUGGGGGAUUUCUCCUCCUAGCAUGCACACCCAGCUGAAGUCAUGACAAGUAUUUAAACAGUUAACAAAGUUAGUUACACCUACUGGUCCCACCCCUUAGCUAACUAUUGGUUAGGAUCUUUCUUACUUCACCUUAAAGAUACAGUUCUCUUUUAAUUCACUACUCAGGCCCAGCGAGUAGGGGGCUUAUUUGGGUUGGGGGCUUUUCUAGCUUGGAGGUGUGUGUUUUAACAUUAUAAUGAGGUAGGUCAGCCUUAGGACACCCAUUUGGGGCAUUUUACUGACUUUGCUGUUUGGUAUGUAAACAAUACCAAGUCUCAAGGUUGUGUAUCAGUCCUUACCAGCAGACCCAGAAGCUCCUCCAAGGUGCUAUAUCUCAUUAUACUGUUUAUGUCAGGUAAACAACAUCAACAUAACCCUGUACAGCCAGUCACCACAGCCAGCCUGUUUCCAGGAAGGCUAAUGCAUAUUUCAGUUUAUGUGACGCAGUAUCUUCUUACCUGUACAAAGUUUGCACAAAGGGGUCUGUUCUUUGUGUGCUAACUAAAUUGUUUAAGUCUUUGGCAUCAAGUGGAGAAGCCACAGUUGCUUUAUUGCUUAAAUUGUUAAUAACACUUCGUGGCAAACAGGUUUCUGUUUUCAAGAUAGCUUUUUAGUGUCUCUUUUAUGCAGCAAGGCAUAAAAGUUAACAAAAUUUAGAUUCACUUUUCCUGAAAUGUCCAAUACUCAGAUUUUAAAAGGAAUGCCGUCCUUUAUUUAGAUGUCCAGAAUUCCCUUACAUUUUUCUGAAAAAGAUUCACAAUUAAAUAUUUACAGCUUCUGAAAGAUGGGGAAUUAAGCCCCAGCUGCAUACCAUUUUUGUGAAUGAACAUCCUCAGUGUUACCUGGUUGAAUAAGUAAUUACAUUUUGCGGAGCCAUUUUUUUGCUGUAUGUGUAUGUAGGACUGUUGCAGUGAGCUCAGUGCUUCAUCACAGAAUUAUGCUGACAUAAGUUACUUGUGCUGAGAUUCUGUUUGUUUUCCUAACAUUAUUAUUUCCUUCUGCAUAUGUAAUCAAUAGAUCCAUUAGAAAAGAGCCUGGUUGUGCUAAGUUUUUAGUCUCAUGUCUAAGAUCGUGAAAAAAAAAUGUAAUAUAAACACUGCUGAAACUUCUAAUGUAGAAGUUGUGUUGAAGUCUAACGAGCUUUAAAUGUGCUGCUGAAAUUAAUCGCUUCAGCUUGAUAGGCAUUGGAAAUUUAACAUUGACACUACUAACAGUGAAGCUCUGUUUGUUUACUGAAGAUGCUGCCACUUUUUGAAAUUACUAAAAGCUGGAAACUUUCUCAGUUGCUAAUUUUGUUGCACAACUGUCACAAGUGCACUGUCACAAGUGCAGAAUGUAUAGUGAAGUAAAUUAUUAAAUGCAUCUGCAUGUUGUGUUGUAAAUCUUUCUCAGGAAAAAAAGUAUUCUAAUAAAAUUCAUGCACAAUUUUUUACUUUA